AUGUUGAUAGGAUUUCUCCUAGUUUGUGCAACCGUGCUGGCAAAGCACAACGAGAAGGGCUCUAGUGCAAACUGCAACACGCCCAACUGCAGGGACUGCACAAACCCGAAGGCCGAGAACGAGGCCUGCACUGACUGCGACCCCGCCUACGUCCUGAACGGGGGCCAGUGCGUCGAGAAGGCGUGCAACACGCCCAACUGCAAGGCCUGCGAUAACCCGAAGACCGACAACGAGGUCUGCACGGCGUGCGACCCCGCCUACGUCCUGAACGGGGGCCAGUGCGUCGAGAAGGCGUGCAACACGCCCAACUGCAAGGCCUGCGAUAACCCGAAGACCGACAACGAGGUCUGCACGGCGUGCGACCCCGCCUACGUCCUGAACGGGGGCCAGUGCGUCGAGAAGGCGUGCAACACGCCCAACUGCAAGGCCUGCGAUAACCCGAAGACCGACAACGAGGUCUGCACUAAAUGUAAUGAUGGCGACUACCUCACCCCUACAAACCAGUGCGUACCUGACUGCACAGCCAUCAGCGGAUACUACGGAGAUAGUGACAAGAAGUGUAAGGCAUGCAACCCUGAGUGCGCUGAGUGCGUUGGACCGGCCAACAAUCAGUGCACGGCCUGUCCUGUUGGGAAAAUGCUUCAGUAUACAGAUACUAAUACUCCUGUCAAUGGGGGCACGUGCAUGGACCAGUGCAGCGUGAGUUCUACAAACGAUGGAUGCGCAGAGUGUGGGGCUCAGAUAGGAGGAACUGCAUAUUGCUCAAAGUGCAAGAACACUCAACAAGCCCCCUUGAACGGCAACUGUGCGGCCAGUUCACGAGUAGCCUUCUGUGCAACAAUCACAAGUGGGGCCUGUACAAAAUGCAAUGAGGGUUACUUCCUCAAGGACGGCGGCUGCUAUCAGACAGAUAGACAGCCUGGUAAGCAGGUCUGUAGUAGUGCACAGGGAGGAACAUGUCAGACGUGUGCCAACGGACUACAGGCACAAGGUGGGGCCUGUGGGGAGUGCCAUUCUACUUGUGCUACGUGCUCGACUGCAGGUGACCCUAAUAAGUGCAAGACCUGUGCCACUGGGUAUUACAAGGAAAACGGUGACGAUACCACUGCUGGGUUAUGCAAGAAGUGCUCAGAGAAGAUCUCUGGAUGCAAGCAAUGUGUGUCAUCAUCUGGCAGUUCAGUCAUAUGUUUAGAAUCAGAAGUAGGCACUGGUGGAAGCGUCAACAAGAGCGGGCUCUCCACGGGGGCCAUAGCGGGGAUCUCCGUCGCUGUGGUCGUCGUCGUGGGGGGCCUCGUCGGCUUCCUCUGCUGGUGGUUCGUGUGCAGGGGGAAGGCGUAG